AUGUUAUUCUUGUUUUUUAUACUAUUUCAAUUAUUCUAUUCAAUUCAAUGCCAAUUAACUUGUCAUAAUUGUCCUCGAGAAUCUAAUAUUUUUAAUACGAUUAUAACAGCUGAUACUAUACCAGAAAAUCUAAAAGAUUGUACGAUGAUAAGUGAACAAAUGGAAUGUUCAAUUCAUGUAACAUGGACGCAAAAUCCUAAUCAAACUAUACUAAUGCUUAUGCCAGGUGGUGAAAGAAACAGCAUAUCAAAUCGAUAUAACCUUCAAAAUACUAUCACAUUGACUAAUACUGCUUCUCAACUACAAUGGACAAAAUCACUUGAUUUUAUAUGUUCAACCGAACAAUGUAAUAGUCCAAUAAUAUUAAAACGUUUAUUAAAAUCAUUAAAAUCUGAUGAUAGUUUCAAUACACUUUCUCAAAUUCUUGAAAUAAAUAAUCAAUUUCAUGGUAGUUUAUGUAAUUUCUUUGCAAAUAGUAGUAUGUCAUGUGAAACUGAAAUGGAUCAAAAUACUUGUAAACAAUGUGCAACUCAAGAAUAUAUUGAAUCGAAACCAGUAGAAGUAUGUUCAAAUUGUGUUAUGGAUGAUAUUAUUGAAAAUUUUAUUACACGUCAAGUGAAAUUUUUUAUGAAUAAUCGUGAACGACAUGAUAUGUGGAUGAUUGAAUGUCAACAAAGAGGUUGCAAUGCAAUAGAAACAGGCGAUUUAAUACGACAGAAAAGUGAUAUUCAAUUUGAUUUUGAUCUUUUUCUAAACAAGGGCAAUAAUAAAUUCAGAGAUAUUUCAUCAAUUUGUCUUCUAUUUUCGAUUUUUAUGAAAAUCUUUUAUUUGUAA